AUGCAAACAGCAAAUCUACGGAAGGGUAAAGAGAAGUGGAAUAAGCUCCAUACCGAUCAGAAUCCUGAACCAGGCUUCGAGGUCGGCGAUUAUGUCAGCGGAACCCACACCGACCUGGAAGUCAGUGACCAGAGUCACGUGCUCUCGCCCCGUUACCAACAAAAGAGGGCAUCAGAACCCACUAUUCCCUAUCACCUUCGACCAGAUGUACCUGGACCCAGCAGCAUCAGGCCGCGUCUUACUGCCACCAGUUCUGAGAACUUUGGUGAGGGCUCUCAAUUUGGGGUGUUUGCACGUUCUAGCAGUACCUUUAGAACUACGGCGUCGGGCGACGCGGCGUUGCCCGAUCCACUCGGCCUGGUUCUAAUAUACUCCCUGCCAAAUCCUCUAUUCGAUCUAAUUUUCGUUCACGGUCUAGGAGGCUCGUCAAAGCGGACUUGGUCGUGGGAACGAGACACUGAAAACUUCUGGCCGCCAUGGCUCACCGAGGACAAAGAUCUCUCUGGAGCGAGGAUCUUUACAUUUGGUUAUAAUUCGAACUUUACCGGGCAGUAUACCAAUCUCAACUUGCUCGACUUUGCAAAAGAUUUGCUUAUUAGGAUGAAAACAUAUUCCGGCGAUUUGCAGUUUAGUAAUGAAAGGCCUCCAGCUGUUGGUGAGCUUCCAACCAUUUUUGUCGUACAUUCGAUGGGAGGUUUAGUGGUUAAAAAGGCUUAUAUAUUGGGCAGAUCUGACCCACAGUAUGCCGAAAUGAUCGCUCAGAUCAAAGCCAUCGUCUUUUUGGCCACUCCUCAUCGAGGGUCUGACUAUGCUCAAACACUUCAGAACAUCCUCAAGGUGACGCCGGGACUAAGCAGCAAACAGUAUGUUUCCGAGCUGGAGAAGAACUCGGGCACGUUGCAAGAUAUCAAUGAACAAUUUCGAACGGUUUGUGGUGACCUCACGCUGGUGUCAUUCCAAGAGUCGCAAAAGACAAAGAUUGGCAAGAUGAAGACAAUGAUUGUUGACAAAGACUCGGCCAAAUUGGGCUAUCCCGACGAAAUAUCAGCUUCGUUGGAUGCUGAUCACCACGGAGUGGCAAAGUUCAAGAACGUCCUGGAUUCAAACUAUGUGAAUGUUAGAAACGUUCUGAAAUGGGUCAUAGGCGAAGUGGUAAAAAAUGCAUCUUUUGUGUCACGGGAAUUACAAAAUAGGUUCACGCCGGCCACUAAGCCCACCCCCAAACUGAUCACUGCAGAGUUCCUGCUGGAUAUCCUUGGAAUUCCCGAGAACUUCGAUGAAGACUUUCAGUAUCUGUCAGGUAGGAUUGCGCAUGGAUCAUGCAGCUGGAUACUACAACGCUCUGCGGUUCGGAGCUGGAUCGAGCACGACACAGAGUCUCCUAAGCUACUAUGGAUUUGUGGAAACGCAGGAUCUGGAAAGUCAAUCCUAGCAAGCUACCUUAUCGAUCAGGCACAGAACAGCAGCCACAAUGGAACAUGUCAAUACCAUUUCUUCUUAUAUGGCGACAAGUUAAAGCGGUCACUAUCUUACGUACUUUGUAGCAUUGCUCUUCAGGUAGCGCUCGCCCACGAGUCUUUCGCGGCAAGACUGAAGGAGUUCCAAGAGGCUGCCGGCAUGAACAUCAAAGAACAAAAAGCGUCAAUAAUAUGGGAAAAGAUCUUCGAGGGCAUCAUGUUCCGAAUGACCUUCCCAGGACCUCUCAACUGGGUUUUCGAUGGGUUGGAUGAAGCAGAGAGCCCCUUAGAACUGAUCAAAUAUCUCUCCAAAGCCAAGUCGAGCACUCGUAUCAACAUUUUACUCAUCAGCCGACCACGGAGAGACCUUGCGAACCACAUAAGCCAGUACUUUCCGGCUACUCAACCAGAAUUGCUCAGAGCAGAAGAUACGCUUUCGGAUAUCCGGGACUUUGUUCGUGCGAGCAUCCGAAGAAUCUUGCCGGGUACGGACGAAGCGCGAGCUGAAGUUGCCGAAGAGGUUAUUUGCAGGUCAUCCGGAUCGUUCCUAUGGGUUCAGUUGGCGCUCUCUAGCAUCGAGAAGAAUUGGGUGCUAAAAGACGAUAUCAAAGCUGCAAUUAAUGAAAUUCCUGAAGGAAUGGAGCCUUUGUAUCGCGGAAUCAUCGAAAGUAUUGCCAAGCAAAACCAAAGAUCAGUGGAUAUUGCGCGCCACAUCCUAUUUUGGGCUGCAUGUUGCUAUAGACCCCUGGAUAUUUCAGAGCUCGAGGUUGCUCUCAAGCCAGAAUUUGACGGAUUUACGAACUUGGAGAUUGCAAUCGAAGAGAUCUGUGGCCAAUUUGUAGUAAUCAAUAGAUCCAAAGUCAAUUUGAUUCAUCAUACUGCACGUCAAUUUCUACUCUUAAAGACCGCAAAUCUACCGAUCAGUCUUGACGAGAACCAUUCACAUAGUCAUAUCGCAACAGUCUGUAUUGACUUCUUGUCCGACUCCACAAAGUGGCGACGAGUUUUCUCUGGCCUGCACAAUAUGACCCGAGCUGGUCGUGCGUUUGCUGAUGCUGCCAUCUUUGACUGCCAUCCAUUCCUAUUGUAUGCAUUGUCUUACUGGGCAUACCACGUAAGCUUGGGGUUGGUGGAGUCGGACGAGCUUCUUAUGAAGGUUCUAGCUUUCCUCGAAAAUCACUGUCUCCUGUGGAUUCAUGGCGUGGCUCUAACAGAGCGUCUUCAAAUCCUGAUCAAGGCCGCACAGAAUCUGAAGACUUACAUCAAACGGAGAGCACAAGAUUUCUCCAAAAGAACAUUGAAGAACUUUUCGUUAAAUCGCGACGCCGAGUUGCUUCAAUGGGCGAACGACUUAAUCCGCGUGGUUGGCCGCUUUGGCAAUAAUCUCGCGGAACACCCUGCCUCUAUUCACAACAACGUCAUUCCAUUCUGCCCUCUCGACUCUAUCAUGAGCCGCACCUUCUUACACCAGAUUAAGUCUAACUUUGUUGUUACCGGCCUCACGUCAAAUGAUUGGAGUGACUGCCUCGCCAAAAUCUCCACUGGCGAAGAACAAACAGCUGUCCAUAUCCUCUGCAAAGACACAUUCUUUCUAACUCUUGUCGGCAUAGAUGGUACCGUGAUAAUCUGGUAUGCAAAUACAUGUCAAGAGGCACGAAGAUUCAGCCAUGGCGAGUAUGUUACUAUUAUAGCGAGCAGUCGAACGUCAAACUUGGUCGCUACUUCAGGAAUUGAUUAUAUCCGAGUCUGGGACAUCACCACUGGACUUGAGGUAAAUUGCAUGACGAAAGACUCUCACCACCAUACGAGAGCGAUGGCAUUCAGUCCCAACGAUGAUGAGCUACUCGUUGCUUUUGAUGACUGCGUCGUGCAGUGUAUUGAUUUGGCGAGCGACAAGGAGAAAUGGCAAUUCCUGGCAAAGGAGCCGGGGGCGAACGAUCAUAACUGUAUUCGGAGUGCGUCUUUUAGUCCCGAUCUUACGCGGAUUGCCCUCAUCUUUCGUGGUCGGCCUGUUGUCGUGUGGACGAUCCAGCCUGGUCGCGGAAAGUCUGGGCAUUAUCGUGAUCAGUACAUUCCCCCAAUGAAAUGUAUACUUGCGGAGGAUAAAAUGCGGACAAUGGCUCAAGGCGAUGCGUGGGAUCCUCCUGAAAUUGCAAUAUGGCAUCCGGUCACGGGCCACCUACUAGUUCUAUACGAAGACACCCGAAUUGUUGCGUACAAUCUCUCAGACGUCGAGCAAGAGCAAAUUAAUCAUACGGGCGCAAGGGCGAUGGUACUCAGCUUAGACGGCAAUCUUCUCCUAACAAGUGACGUACAAGGCACCUUAAGCGUUUGGACGGUGCCGGAAUACCAACUUUCAUAUCAAGUGAAGUACGAUGAGCUGGUUACGGGGUUGGCUUUCUCCCCUGAUUCCACUCGAUUCUACGACAUCCGUGGGGAAUUUUGCCACGUAUGGGAACCUGACGCUCUCAUCAAAGCUAGUGAAAUUGAACAGAUAGAGCGUUCGAGUUGCGAUUCAAACAAUGGCGAUACCAUCACUACAGAUCCAGUGCUCUCCAACGACGAUACUUCUCAAGUGCCUAUAACAUCCCUAGUUUUUGACCGUAGCGGUGACUACUACUGCUGCGGAAAGGAAGACGGAUCAGUCACAAUAUUCACCGUCCCCGAGGGCGAAAAAUCCCGCAAAGUCACCAACCACUCUACUUCUGUCUCUAUCAUAUAUAUUGGUUGGUCGACAUCAUCCAAAUACCUCGUUUCGGCCGACGAUUCCGGCCGCGUAAUUGCAAAACGAUUGGAGCCUCCAACAGCUACAAGGAACCGCUGGGCGGUUUUCCCGGUUUUCGACGUACGCAUGGAAAAUGCAGAAGCGGUGGAGCUCUGCUUGUUCCAUCCCAAAGAUCUGUACCUACUGAUAGUCACUCCGACACAGGCAUAUAUCAUGAAUCUCAACCCCAAGAAAAGUACCGAGGUUUGUCGCCAAAGAAUCGCUCCAGGAAGUGUAUGGAUAAAUCAUCCCGUCGACGUCGGCCUUCUGUUAAGAAUCGAUGCUGGAACGGAACAAGCGUAUCAUUGGAAAACGCUUGAACCAUGUGAACCUACUCCACAGUCUAAUCCGCAGCGUUCGGGGGGUCGGGCUAUUUCUAUCGCUCAUACAGUUCAAACACGCGACUUUCUCUUAUUGGAAACCCUAGUUCGCGAUGAGUUUAGAGCACGAGAUCAUCGGCAACUGCAAACGCGGGAGGUCGUCAUCAUAGAGCUUUCAAGGAUAUCAAGUGGAAUACCCGGAGAGCACCGUGUGGUUGUAGAAGGCUUGUCAAAGCACGUUAACCGUCUUAUUGGAGAGGUAGACGAUCGUGUCGUAUUCCUUGAUCACCACUUUUGGUUGUGCACGUGGGAGAUCGAAGCCACGUAUACCGGACACAAGAAACAUUUCUUUCUGCCAAGGGACUGGAUCAGUCCCCAGUCUCUCCGACAGAUUGCGCUGCAUGAGCAUGGUAUUGUGCUCAUCCCGAAGAAUGGAGAGGUGGCGGUCGUAAAAGCAAGUUGGAUUGGUGGGUUUCCUAUGCAGAAUCCGUUCUCGAGGGGAUGA